UUAAGUUUUACUUGUUUGUUUGUUUCAACAAAAGAAUCAUAUUCACUUACUUACGUAUGAUUAUCAUUUAUUAUUAUUUACUACUACUCUACUAUACAAUUCAUCCAUUUGUCACGAUCCACCAUCACCAUCAACAUCAACAUUAACAUCAUCAUCAUCAUCAUCAUAAUAAUAAUAAUCAAAUUGUCGACAAUCCAAAAAAAAAAAAAAAUUCAUUCUUACAUUCGAAUCGGUAGCAUCAACAGCCAAAAUCCAUUAAAGGAUCUCAUCAAUAACUAAGUAAUCCAAAGUCAUUUGACAGGACUAAUAAUAACAAGGAAUAAUCAACAUUUCUUUACAUACACAGCAUCCAAUUAUGUCACGGAUAUUGGCCUCAUCACUGGUCAUGGUAGCGUUGAUCGCUUCCAGCCAAGCAACCCUGACACCAGCUCAAACCUCAACGGCCGCAAUUGCGGCGGCUUCUCCACAAUCAUCAGCAUCGAAUGCUUAUCCAUCGUUACAAUCGUUGUUGGCCGCUAAUCCACCACAAGAACAAGUUGUAACAUUACCAGCUAGCCAACCAUUGUCUGCAGCCGCUAGUGGUGGCCAAGGUUAUGGUCAAUCGUAUGGUGGUGAUGCUCAAGAAUUGGUCGUUCAACAUCCAAAUCCAAGACGGAUUUUGGUUCGUGUAGUGAAACCCAUCAUUUUCGAGGAAAGAAUCGUCAUUGUGCCAUAUCGACGAGUCACACACGAAGUUCGACCCGUUAUCGAAGAACGACAUACGGUUAUCUAUGGCAAAGAUGGUAAACAAAUCUCUGGUCCUACUGGUUUCUCCAAAGAAUUGCCCGGUUUGGAUAAAGCCGGUACCUAUGCUUCGGCCAGUGGUCAUAUGACACGAACUAUUGAAAAACCUGUAUACGCUGAUCCAGUCAUCCGAAAGAUUGGUUUCUCCAAACGAUCGGCAGCAUGGGAUAUGGCUAAUUUGAGGCCCACAACACAACAAGUACAGCCAUCCGAUUUGAAUCAAUAUGGUAAACGGGCUUAGAGUAGUAGUAGUAGUAGUAUAAUAAUCUGGAAUGACAUUUUACGGAAAAACGGAAAACGAUACACCACGAUACGACAAUAAAAGACAACCGGCCACAACAACUAUCAAUGGUCAUCCAAUACAUUGCGAUAGCCAAUGCUUUUUUCAUCAUUUUGCUUUCUUUUUCUUUCCCUUAUUUUCCCUCUCUUUAAUUUUUGCUUGUAUUUUCUUGAAUCAAUUUGGAAUUCAACACAUAGUCUAGCGAUGUGAAAAAUAUGCAAAAAAUAAUAAAAUUCUGCCAUAUCAA